AUGUCUUUUACAUUUGGACGCGUUUAUAAUGGAACUUCUACAACUGGAUGCGUUUAUAAUGAAACUUCUACAACUGAACGCGUUUAUAAUGAAAAAUAUCCUGGUUAUAAAAGACUUAAUGAUUAUUUAAAGCAAUACAAAGACAAAUCUUUUAGGAGUUUUUUAUUUCAUUGUCGAGACAUGAUCAUUGAUACUACUCCGGCUACUUCAAACUGGAUAGAUCUUAACAAUGCAUGGAAAGUACAUUUCAUGACUGAAGCUCAAACAAUAAUGAACCCAAAAGAUUUUAAAAUUUUAAGAGAUAAGUUCAGUUCAGAUCAAGAACGUAAUGCAAAAAAUUUAGAGGAUUAUUGGAAUAAAGUUAUUCAUGAAUGUAACAUAAAAUAUGACAUUUUAGAAUACAAACGAGAGAAAGAGCAUGUUAUCCGUGUACUAUCUGAAAUAGAAGAAAAAAUCAAAAUGAAAGAAAAUGAUCUUAUUAAGAGCUCAAAUGAAUGGAAAACGCUUAUUAAAAAUGGAG